UCACAUAAAUAGCCUUCAGACACCAAAUGCCCCCUUCUUCUCUCUCUCUCUCUAGCCAGUGCUUUUGCGCGUGUCUCUUCUGGCUACCAGAAAAAUCCCGCUUUCGCUUCUCUUCUCUUAUUCUCAGUCCCUGCUCUCGUUUUCAUUCUUGCCCCUCUGAUUCGCUCGAUCGAACGGUCCAUAUCCACCCAUGACUAUGAUGACUCCUUCACCGUUAGACCAAGAAGACGAGGAGAUGCUCGUACCGCAUUCAGAUAUAGUUGAAGGUCCUCAGCCAAUGGAAGUAGUGGCACAAGUGGAGCAAACUAGUACCGUGGAGAAUCAGCCUGUGGAGGAUCCUCCAUCGAUGAAAUUUACUUGGACUAUUGAGAAUUUUACUAGGUUGAACACAAAGAAGCAUUAUUCUGAUAUAUUUAUUGUUGGCAGUUACAAAUGGAGAGUACUGAUAUUCCCUAAAGGAAACAACGUGGACCACCUGUCGAUGUAUUUGGAUGUUGCGGAUUCGACAGCUUUGCCAUAUGGAUGGAGUAGAUAUGCGCAAUUCAGUUUGGCUGUGGUCAAUCAAAUUCAUAACAAAUACUCGAUUAGAAAGGACACACAACAUCAGUUCAAUGCAAGAGAGAGUGACUGGGGCUUUACAUCUUUCAUGCCUCUGAGUGAACUUUAUGAUCCUAGCAGAGGAUACUUAGUGAAUGAUACAGUUGUUAUUGAAGCUGAAGUUGCUGUUUGCAAGGUUUUAGAUUAUUGGUCCUAUGACUCAAAGAAGGAGACGGGCUAUGUAGGACUGAAAAACCAAGGAGCAACAUGUUACAUGAACUCUCUCCUACAGACUCUAUACCAUAUUUCCUACUUCCGAAAGGCGGUGUACCACAUGCCAACAACUGAGAAUGACAUGCCUACAGGAAGCAUUCCAUUGGCCCUGCAGAGUUUAUUCUAUAAGCUUCAAUAUAAUGAUACCAGUGUUGCAACAAAGGAACUGACCAAAUCUUUUGGCUGGGAUACAUAUGAUUCCUUCAUGCAACAUGACGUGCAAGAGCUUAACAGGGUCCUGUGUGAGAAGCUAGAGGAUAAAAUGAAGGGGACUGUUGUGGAGGGCACUAUACAGCAGUUGUUUGAGGGUCACCAUAUGAACUACAUUGAGUGCAUCAAUGUGGAAUACAAAUCUACACGAAAGGAGUCAUUUUAUGAUCUCCAGCUUGAUGUGAAAGGUUGUCGAGAUGUUUAUGCUUCUUUUGACAAAUAUGUGGAAGUUGAACGACUUGAGGGUGAUAACAAAUAUCAUGCCGAAGAACAUGGUUUGCAGGAUGCAAAGAAGGGUGUCUUAUUUAUCGACUUUCCCCCUGUUCUUCAACUCCAAUUAAAGCGGUUUGAAUAUGAUUUUAUGCGCGAUACUAUGGUGAAGAUUAAUGAUCGCUAUGAAUUUCCUCUUCAACUUGACCUGGACAGGGAGAAUGGGAAAUACUUAUCACCUGAAGCUGACAGGAGUGUGCGAAAUCUAUACACACUUCACAGUGUUUUGGUUCACAGUGGAGGUGUGCAUGGUGGACAUUAUUAUGCUUUUAUCAGGCCUACCCUCUCUGAUCAAUGGUUCAAAUUUGAUGAUGAACGUGUGACAAAGGAAGAUGUAAAGAGGGCCUUAGAAGAGCAGUAUGGUGGUGAGGAAGAGCUACCUCAGACCAAUCCUGGCUUUAACAAUACUCCAUUUAAAUUCACAAAAUACUCAAAUGCAUACAUGCUUGUGUAUAUACGGGAAAGUGAAAAGGACAAGAUAAUUUGUAAUGUUGAUGAGAAAGACAUUGCUGAACACUUGAGGAUAAGGCUGAAGAAAGAACAAGAAGAAAAGGAAGACAAGAGAAGAUAUACAGCACAAGCUCACCUUUACACAAUUAUAAAGGUUGCGCGAGAUGAGGACCUUAAAGAGCAAAUUGGAAAGGAUAUUUAUUUUGACCUCGUGGAUCAUGACAAAGUCCGAAACUUCCGUAUUCAGAAACAGACACAGUUUAGUCUGUUUAAGGAGGAGGUUGCUAAAGAGCUUGGUAUACCAGUACAAUUUCAGAGAUUUUGGAUAUGGGCAAAGCGCCAAAACCACACAUAUAGACCCAAUCGACCAUUGACUCCCCAGGAGGAAGCACAAUCAGUUGGACAACUGAGAGAGGUGUCAAAUAAGACACAUAAUGCUGAAUUAAAGUUGUUCUUGGAAGUUGAGCUUGGGCUGGAUUUACGUCCCAUUGCUCCACCUGAAAAAACUAAAGAAGAUAUUCUGCUUUUCUUCAAGCUUUAUGACCCUGUAAAACAAGAAUUACGAUAUGUUGGUAGGCUUUUUGUGAAGAAUUCUAGUAAACUGAUAGAAAUUCUAGCAAAGCUUAAUCAAAUGGCUGGCUUUGCGUCAGAGGAAGAGAUUGAACUUUAUGAGGAAAUCAAGUUUGAGCCUCGUGUCAUGUGUGAACACCUUGAUAAGAGAGCCUCAUUUCAAACAAGUCAGAUUGAAGACGGGGACAUAAUAUGCUUUCAGAAAUCUCCUCCUGAAAUUGAAGAAGACUGUCGAAAUCCAGAUGUGCCUACGUAUUUGGAAUAUGUGCACAAUCGGCAGAUAGUUCGUUUCCGAUCCCUAGAGAAGGCAAAAGAGGAUGAUUUUUGGCUAGAGUUGUCAAAAUUACACACUUAUGAUGAUGUUGUUGAAAGAGUAGCUCGCCAGAUUGGUUUGGACGAUCCAUCCAAAAUCAGGUUAAGAUCCCACAACUGCUACUCUCAGCAGCCUAAGCCGCAGCCAAUUAAAUAUCGAGGAGUGGAGCAUCUAUCAGAUAUGUUAGUUCACUACAAUCAGACUUCUGAUAUCUUGUAUUACGAAGUUCUAGAUAUUCCUCUUCCAGAGUUGCAAGGUCUAAAAAAUUUAAAAGUUGCUUUCCAUCACGCUACCAAAGAUGAAGUGGUAAUUCAUAACAUUAGAUUGCCUAAACAAAGCACCGUGGGGGAUGUGAUUAAUGAACUUAAAACUAAGGUAGAAUUGUCUCACCCAAAUGCUGAACUUCGAGUGCUUGAAGUAUUUUAUCACAAGAUUUAUAAGAUCUUUCCACCCAAUGAAAAAAUUGAGAAUAUAAAUGAUCAGUAUUGGACGUUGCGGGCAGAGGAGAUUCCCGAGGAAGAAAAAAAUCUUGGUCCCCAAGAUCGCCUGAUUCACGUUUAUCACUUCACGAAAGAGUCUGGACAGAAUCAAAUGCAAGUACAGAAUUUUGGUGAACCCUUUUUCUUGGCCAUCCAUGAAGGUGAAACCUUAGCCGAAGUUAAAAUGCGUAUACAAAAGAAGCUGCAGGUUCCUGAUGAGGAGUUUGCUAAGUGGAAAUUUGCAUUUCUGUCACUGGGUCGUCCAGAGUAUUUGCAGGAUUCUGAUGUUGUGUUCACCCGCUUUCAGAGAAGAGAUGUAUAUGGUGCUUGGGAGCAGUACCUUGGGUUGGAGCACUCUGAUAAUACUCCUAAAAGGUCUUUUGCUGUAAAUCAGAACCGUCACACAUUUGAGAAGCCUGUUAAAAUAUACAAUUAGGGAAGAGCAAAUUACCCUCCACCGGCACGUAAAGCUGAGUCGAACAUCUUUCAUGCUACAACGUAGGGGAUGAGAAUGGAUGGUACAUCUGAAGGAAGAAGACAAUGAAGUGCGAAUUAAAGUGAUUUCUGUAGGAUUUGAUAAAUGGUUUUGUAGGCCAUAUAUGUUUCUCUGAUGUGACGACAGGGGGGGUGGGGGGGCGCCUUAUGUAGUGUGUUGUUAUGGUUGAUACACCCUGCUUGAGCUCCUGGUCCUUUCUUGCCUUUCUCCUAAUGCAGACACCUCCUUGUUUUAAGAGGUUGGUGUGAUAUUCCCACGAUAUACAGCUCCAGGGUAAUCUAGCAGCAGUACAUAAGAAGAUUUUGACUAAGGGAUGUAUACCGGGGUAUAGUUGGAUGUGUUUGACAUUGAUUCUUUCUUUUUCCCUAUCUUGGGGGAUGGGCUUGUAAAAUGAUUGGCUUACGGUUCCGAGCUUUGAUAGUGUAGUGGUGGUUCAGGUUGGUUUUAUAGCACCACCACCUUUGUCACCUAAUAUAGCGGUGGUGGUUCUCAUUUGUUUCGAAAGGGUUUUAGCUGGCACACUUGUUCUUGA